UACUCACUCAUUUUUUACCUUUCGAUUGACUGGACUUUUAGGAAUUCUACUGCGAAAAUGGACAAACAGUGCUCUUGGUAAUAUAAACGUCAGGCUAGUCGAAGGAAAUUCGCCCAAUAGAGGUCGUGUUGAAAUCUUGCACAACGGUGUCUGGGGAACAAUUUGUCAUGAUUAUUGGGAAAUGCCGGAUGCUAAUGUACUCUGCCGCCAGUUGGGUUUCGAAGGUGCCCUUGUAGCACUCCGUUCUGCUGCUUAUGGAAAGGGAACUGGAGAGAUAUGGUUGGAUGACGUUGAUUGUAAAGGAAAUGAGCCCUCAAUUUUCCAGUGUGGACACAAGGGAUGGGGAAUUCGGAACUGUGAUCAUAGCCAAGAUGCUAGUGUGAUUUGCAUUCCAAUUGUUCGUUUGAGUGAAGGAGUGUUCUCCCACAAAGGUUUAGUUCAAGUUUACCACAGCAGAACGUGGGGCUGGAUCUGUAAUCAGGGUUGGGAUAAACAAGAUGCCGACGUGGUUUGUAGAGAGUUAGGUUUCACAAAGGCUUCUAUGGUUUACGGCAGUUUAAAAGAUAAAGGUGGUGUUAUAUGGAUGAAAAAUAUUCAGUGCAUUGGCAAUGAAACGUCACUCGUCUUAUGUGACCAUGAAGACUGGAAGAAACAUAGCUGCACAAAUGGUCAACUCGCAGGUGUGGAGUGCAGCGUACCUGAAGUAAGGUUAGUUGGCGGGACUGCCUCAUAUGAAGGUCGUGUCGAAGUAUCCUAUGAUGGCAGCUGGGGAACAAUUUGUCAUGAUUACUGGGAACUGCCAGAAGCCUCUGUUUUCUGCCGUCAGCUGGGAUUCGAAGGAGCGCUACUUGCUCUUCGUUCUGCUGCUUUUGGAGAAGGGUCAGGGAUCAUAUGGAUGGAUGAUGUCCACUGUGCUGGAAACGAAACAGCGAUAACGCAGUGUAAGCAUAGGGGAUGGAGAGUGACAGAUUGUGAUCACAGCAAAGACGCCGGUGUGAUCUGCACACCGAAAGUUCGUGUAGGUGGAGAAAUCAAUGCUACCCAAGGUCUGGUUCAGGUUUAUCAUAACAAGGCAUGGGGAUGGAUUUGUAAUCAGCUGUGGGACGACACGGAUGCAAACGUGGUUUGUAAGGGGUUGGGGUAUGAAAAUGCUACACUUUUGUACAGUAACCCGGUUGAUAAAGGCGGAAUGAUUUGGAUGAAUCACGUACAGUGCGAUGGAAGCGAAAGAUCUUUAGUCUCGUGUACACAUAAUGGAUGGAAAGAUCACAGCUGUGCAAAAGGUCAACUUGCUGGUGUGGUUUGCAGUAUUCCAAAAGUAAGGCUUGUUAAUGGAACAGCACCUUACAAUGGUCGUGCAGAAAUAUUCUACAAUGGAGAAUGGGGUACAAUUUGUCAUGAUUAUUGGGACAAUCCAGAAACAAAUGUCUUCUGUCGUCAGCUCGGAUUUGAAGGGGCAAUUACAGGACUUCGCUCUGCUGCUUUUGGAAAAGGCUCUGGAAUGAUAUGGAUGGAUGACAUCAACUGUACCGGACAGGAGACUGCAAUAUCUCAGUGUGUACACAGAGGAUGGAGAGUAACAGACUGUAAACACAACCAAGAUGCUAGUGUGAUCUGCAUCCCAAAAGUUCGCCUAGGUGGAGAUAAAUAUUUAGGCGAGGGUCUGGUUCAAGUUUAUCACGAAAAGACAUGGGGCUGGAUAUGCAGUGAAAAAUGGAAUAAACAGAAUGCUGAUGUGCUUUGUCGAGAGUUAGGAUACACAAAUGCUUCUUCAUCAUACAGCAGUUCCGCAAACACGGUUGGUGAGGUGUGGAUGAAUAAUGUGCAGUGUCAGGGAACUGAAAGAUCGUUACUUUUCUGUGCCCAUGAUGGUCGGAAAUCUCAUAGCUGUACAAACGGUCGAGUGGCUGGCGUAUUUUGUGUUGUUCCUGAAGUGCGUUUAGUUGGUGGAACUGCGACAUAUAAGGGCCGUGUCGAAAUUUUCUUCAAUGGGGCCUGGGGAACGAUUUGUCACGACUUCUGGGAACUAUCAGAAGCUAAUGUUAUCUGUCGUCAGCUGGGAUUCGAUGGAGGUCUACUAGCUCUUCGUAAUGCUGCUUACGGGCAAGGGUCAGGAAUCAUAUGGAUGGAUAAUGUCAAUUGUACGGGGAAGGAGGAAGCAAUAUCUAGGUGUAAACAUAAAGGAUGGAGGGUGUCAGAUUGCGACCACACUCAAGAUGCCAGUGUCAUUUGUACUCCAAAAGUCCGUUUGGGUAAUGGCGUUUUAGCCAGUGACGGCCUCGUUCAAGUUUACCACAACAAAACAUGGGGCUGGAUCUGUGAUCAGCAUUGGGACCAAAACGACGCUGAUGUUGUUUGUGGCGAGCUUGGAUACUCAAACGCUCUUUCAACUUACAGCCAGCCCUUAAACAAACAUGGGAAUGUAUGGAUGAACAAUGUGCACUGUGCUGGCAAUGAAACAUCACUGUUUUUUUGUAGACACGACGGGUGGAAAAGACAUUACUGUCACAGUAGACAACUAGCCGGUGUGAUAUGCAAAACUCCCAAAGUCAGGCUAGUUGGGGGAGCUACUUCAUAUCAAGGUCGAGUUGAAAUAUUUUACGAUGGAGUCUGGGGAACAAUAUGCCAUGAUCAUUGGGAAAUGCCAGAAGCCAAUGUAGUUUGUCGACAACUGGGAUUCGAACGAGCAUCAGAGGCUCUCCGUUCUGCAGCGUUUGGAGAAGGUUCAGGCGUGAUUUGGAUGGAUAACGUAAACUGUACUGGAAGUGAGACUGCAAUUACUCAUUGUAAACAUAACGGAUGGAGAACGACGGACUGCACGCAUAAGCAAGAUGCCGGCGUGAUUUGCACACCAAAAGUUCCUGUUCCUAGACCUGCUCCAUCGGAACCAAAGGAGGUUAAUAAAGAUGCUAUUUAUGGCUCAGUUGGUGUAGCCCUUGCUUUCGCGGUCGUACGAUUGGUAAUUUUCUAUCUUUGGAAAUACUGGAAACGUCAAAACAGAGAUCGACCGCAUGCGGUCCAUCGGGAACAAUUCUGGCCUCAAACUAAUGAGGCAUUUGAACUCGAAAACAGAAAUGCUGAUAAUGUCUUGGCUCGUGACUCAGGACUUAAUCCGGGAACCCGCUCAUGGGAAGUGGAAAGAGAAAAUGUAAACAUUGAGCACGGCAUUGGAGAUGGUGCGUUCGGUCUAGUCGCACGGGGAACCGCGACUAACUUGCCAGGAAUAAACGGAAGAAUGACGGUAACCAUAAAAAGGCUAAAAGGUCUGUCAGAGCUCGAAAUUCUGAAAAAACUCGAACCUCAUCCUCACGUUAUCAAACUGCUGGGAUGCGUCACUGUAUCAGAUCCUCUGCUUGUAAUAUUCGAGUAUAUUCCUAACGGAGAUCUUUUGGGUUACUUAAAGAAGAGCCUAAAUAUCGACGAUGAUUACCACAAAGACCCGCAUGUUAAGCCACAGACAAGUUUGACUACCCUGCAGUUGAUGAAGUUUUCUUGGCAAAUAGCUGAUGGCAUGGAGUAUUUGUCGUCUAAGGAGAUUAUCCACCGCGACCUUGCAGCCCGCAAUGUCAUGGUUGGUGAGGGAGAGACAUGUAAGGUAACCAACUUUGGAAUGGCUCGAGACGUUGGCCGGGAAACAAAGCGAGGAGAGCAGACGAAAUGGACGGCUUUUGAAGCACUCGAGAAUGGACAAUAUACCACGAAAAGUGAUGUGUGGAGUUUUGGAAUUGUGCUUUACGAAAUAUUCACGAUAGGUGGCUCGCCUUAUCCAUCUUUUGAUGAUCAAAACGUGACAGAACUACUUGGAGUGGGCUACAGAAUGCCAAGGCCACAACAUAUGGAUGAUGCUUUGUACAAAAUCAUGCUAGAUUGCUGGCAAGAGAAUCCCGAUAAUCGUCCAACCUUUGAGAAUCUUAGGAAAGACUUGAAGGAAAUGGAAAAUUAACAUCAGAGGUUUAUCAACAUGCAGUUCUGCGACAACAAGCUCUACGAGAAUUUGGAUUGAGUUAUUUCUCAAAAAAGAGUCGGUAGCACAUCCAGCUAUGAAUGUAGGAGAAAAACUUUAGUUAGUCUUGCAACACUUACAACAACACGUUCUUUUUUCGGAGGGACGGACCAUGUAACAAACAGAUAAAACAAAAAAAAUGGCCCCUACAAAAUCGUUCACAUUUCAAAAGUAAAAGCUGGUACCAACUAAUUUGUAGCUAGUCGCCUGAGAUAUUUGUCCUAAUUCAAUGUCUUGCUAUUCUCCCAUUUUGAUGGUAGAUCUAGGCUAUUUUUUUUGGAGGUUUUCUUUCUCAAUAUUUUUUUAAAAUUAUCAUUGUUUAUUUCUAUUCAUUUAUUUUUUCCUUAAUUGAAUGGUUUUUUUAUGAAACGGUGUUUUUUUGGAUUAAUCGAUUGUAGAAAGCUUGGAUAGGUUUUUCUCAUAGGGAAAAGGCUGAUCAUAGAAAGCGAGCCUCACUCAAAGUUUUAAAAUAGACAUCAGAUUUACAUAUAUUUUCCUUUGUUAUUUAGUUUAGAUUACUGAUUUUACUUUAGGGCUAAUUUAAGUCCGAUAUUGUUUUUGAUGUUACUAUAAUGUCACUUUUCAUUUGCUCAGAUAUUUUGGCCUUUUAUCGGUGUAAAGGCUACUUUUGAGAGAGAUAACUGAUUAUGGAAGUUGUCGCUAAGGUCAGUUUGAGUUGAUCACUGUUAGAUUCGCCGCUAUCUCGAAUAGAGUAAAAGCGCAACAUCAACUUCCAAGAUUAAAAAACAAGCGCGUAUGCAUUUGGUAAUUGAGCAGGAUAUUGUUGUGGAAGUUGUGGCAGCUGGGUAGUAGAGGAUUGAAAAGAAGCCUUCGAGAUUUAAGACUCUUCGUGCCUUCCGCUCAACGGAUGGCCCCUAGAGUCCAUACUAUUUAAAUAAUACGGUCGUGCACAUCGUUUAUUCCCCUUAGAUAAUUACUGUUUUGCAUUUAUUUAUGUUCUUAAGUCUAUGCUAUAUCUGAGUGUCUCAAUGGGGUGAUGGUUCUUAGGACUACAGUUUAAAAUUUUGGCCAUUUUACGGCUAACGGUUAAUUUUUUUUCCAUUGCGAUAAAAAAAGCCAAUUUUCAAUACCAUCGACUAUCCAGCUUUAUGUGCAGUAAUUAAUGUGCUAAAGAAAGGUAAAUGCGUUAUGAGAUACUAAAAUAAAGAAGACCAUGGUUCCAAUUUUUUGAUGACGACCUUCAUUUGGCGCAUUUGCAUAUUGAAGGGAGUUUCAAGUUGUUGCUGAACCUGCAUCAGAUAUCAUCGGAUUCUUAGAUAAUUCUUGACAUUAAGUGGGAGAGUUAUAAACAUGACAAUUACAGCCAAAUAUAUCACGAAAAUAAACCAAGAGUUUUGUAUCCCCAAAUGCAGCAAACAUAGAAUAAGUUAAAGUGGUCACUGACCAUGCGAAGACAACCAUGAUCGCGGUAUUUCUUGGUGUAACCUUUGAGGCAUGCCAAUCUGCAUACUGUAAGGCCAAGU